AUGCUGGCAGUAUCUAUGGUGUCCUACAAGUUUAAGGUCGAUGGAAGCAUUACGAGAUGUAUGAAGGCAAAAAAGGGGACUUCGGCAAGGGGACCCCAUUUCCCCCUUCUAUUUGUCUUAACUAUGGAGUAUUUACACCGCUUGCUGCACCAAUUAAGAAAAAUUCCAAAUUACAACUUUCAUGCUAAGUGCGAAAAAUUGCAAAUCAUCAACAUCAGUUUUGUUGAUGAUGUCCUUCUCUUCUCCCGUGGGGAUACCCAAUCUGUCAAGCUGCUAAUGGAUAAACUGCAUAUGUUUUCUCAAGCCACUGUCUUAGUGGUGAAUCCGGCAAAGUGUAAGGUUUUUUUUGGAGGGGUUGAUAAUGAGACUAAAGCGGAUAUUUUGGCAUCUACUUCUUUUAUGGAAGGUGAGCUGCCAUUUUGUUACCUAGGGAUUCCCCUCACCAGCAAAAGACUGUCAGCUCACCACUAUAUGAGUUUAAUUGAUAGGAUUGUUAGCCGGAUUCAACAUUGGAGUUCUAAGUUGUUGAGUUAUGUUGGUAGAACUCAAUUGGUUAACAGUACCAUCUCUACUAUGGCAGCCUACUGGAUGUACUGCCUUCCUUUCCCCAACUGUGUGAUUAAAACUAUCAAUACGAUCUGCAGAAUGUUCCUAUGGACAGGCAGCGAGUCAAAGUCGAUAAAAUCCCCUAUUGCUUGGAAGACGAUUUGUAAGCCUCGGAGAAAGGGGGGGCUGAAUAUGUUGGAUCUGUAUGAGUGGAACAAAGCUUGUUUAGCUAAAUUGCUUUGGAACCUUUGUAAUAAGAAGGACUCCCUUUGGGUCAAGUGGAUUCAUUCCUUCUACUUCAAAUCCACUAACAUUAUGAGGUACAGAGACAUUGUGACUGACAUGGAAGAUUGGGAUGAUAUGAAGGUGAAGUACUCCGUUGGUAAAGUCUACCACUACCUCAAAAUGGACGAUCCUGAUGUGGUUUGGAACCACAUGUUCUCUACUACUAUUGCUAGACCUAGAGCCCUUUUCACGCUUUGGAUGGCAUGCCACCGUAGGUUGGCGACAAAGGAGCGGCUCAAAAAGUUUGGAGUUACUACGGAUGACAUAUGUAAUUUUUGCAACAAUGAAGAAACGAUUGACCAUCUGUUUUUCCAAUGUCCCCUGUUUCAAAGUUGUUGGCAGGAUAUUUUGAGUUGGAUGGGAAUUCAUCGCACCCCCUGUGAUUGGCGUGAAGAGCUGAAUUGGAUUAUUCAUCAGUGCAAAGGUAAGGGUUGGCGGAAAUGCCUCCUGCGUAGCGCCGUUGCGGAGACUAUAUACGAAAUCUGGAAGUAUCAUAACCACGCCGUUUUUGGAAAUACAGUGCAAACCAUGGAGAUUAGAGAUAUAGUUAUCUUUACCCUUGCUAGCAGAGGGUGGGUUCAUACUAGUAUUAGACGUCAUAUUGCUAACCUUCUCAUAGAUUAA